UUUCGAUCGACGUCGGGAGCGGCUCCCCGGUCGUCGGACGGCGGCCGACAGUCUUGCGUUUUUACCUCGGAAUCGAAACGCGACAGAACAGAGCCGACCGGAGUUAUCACAUCCGCUUCGGAAUCCCAACGCCGACGCUCGUUUUCCGCCAAUUCUGCUCGACGCGAAUGGCUCUCCGUGCGAGCCACGCGCUCCGCCGUCCGUUCCCGUCGCCGCUCGUUCCGAGCAAGCCCGCCGUCCGGACCGGCGCGUUCUCGGUCCGCUGUUCUAGUUUCGGCUCCCCCCACGAGGCUCGCAAGUUGGUUUUGGAAGUGAAGCAGAAGCUUGAAAGAGACUACAGUAGCCUUCCCGUGGGUAAGAAUGGAAGAGAUGAUGAAGACAUGAUUUACUGGUUCUUGAAGGACAGGAAGUUUGUUGUCGAAGAUGCGGUCACGAAGCUGACUAAAGCCAUUAAAUGGCGUCAAGAGUUCAAAGUGUCCGAGUUGACUGAAGAAUCUGUGAAAAGCAUAGCGGAAACUGGAAAGGCAUAUGUGCAUGACUUUCUUGAUGUCAAUGACCACCCUGUGCUUGUAGUGGUGGUGUCAAAGCACUUUCCUGCCGCUCAGGAACCUAUUGAAAAUGAGAAACUGUGCACGUUUUUGAUUGAAAAGGCACUGAGCAAGCUUCCAGAUGGAAAAGAAGAGAUUCUUGGGAUAUUUGACCUUCGAGGAUUUGGUACUGAGAAUGCAGAUCUUAAGUUCUUGGCUUUUGUGUUUGAUGUGUUUUACUAUUACUAUCCCAAGCGAUUAGGACAGGUCCUCUUUGUGGAAGCCCCAUUUGUCUUCCAGCCAAUAUGGCAACUAGCAAAGCCUAUACUGAAAUCAUAUGCUUCUCUGGUGAGAUUUUGCUCUGUGGAGACAGUCAGGAGUGAAUAUUUCACAGUAGAAACACUGCCAGCUAACUUCAGGGAGUGAGGCAUCAUCGAUCAUCUAAUGUGUAUCUCCCUCAGCUCUCUGGCUGGCAGUUGUAGACGGACAAUCUCUUUCUUUCAUGCCUGAUAAGCCCAUCGAAGAUUAUUGAGUUCCUGACUUCUACACUGACUCUUGUUUCCUGCGGCAUGCACGUGGGCGACCAAGCAAUUGAGAUCCUGAAGAGAAGCGCAUAAAGAAUGUGACUGGACCUCUCAAAUUUUUUUUGCUCUAUCUGGUUUCCUAUUUAGCAUCUCUGAGCUGAGAAAUUACUACCCAAGAAAGCUUCUGAAGCGGGGGGCCAUGGACUGUAUCGACUCAAAAGGGUUCGUAUCUGGAUAAUGCUGAGUCAUGGCGAUGUAAAUCGUUGCUUCUUGUAUGUAAUGAAAGAUGUUGCUUUAUCCUCUCGUGAAGGAGAUUUCACCUUUGGAAGAUGCCGCCAUGCUUCCAUGUAAUCUGUGCCGUGUCGGAUCAUAAAAAGCGAUUUUUCAGCA